UUUAGUCAGUUCAUGAUGUUCUGUGAUCAUGACGUCUCAUCUUUACUUCUGUAUAUAAACCGCUCUCUCAUCCGUUCAACACGCAGCGGACGCUGGAAAAAAACAGCAGAUUCGAGCAAGAGAGACGACUAUAGAUCUACAUCUACUGAAGAGAUGGAGAAAAUUCUCCCACUGAAGAUAUUGGCAGCUUUGUCUCUUGUUCUGCUGGGGUCCAGUGUGAAUGAAGGACGGAUUGUGACUAAAUGUGAGCUAAAGGCUCAGCUGGAUGCAGCUUUUGGAGUAAAUAUGAACGCAAACAUGAUCCACAAUAUGACUGGAUGCAAUACAACUCGGGACCUCGUCGCCAAACUUGUCUGUUCUGUGAAUCGGACUUCAAGGUUCAACACCAGCGUUAUCACCACCAUCCAGAUAUCAAAUCCAAAGCAGCCACUCCCAAAACCAAUUGAAUUAAAUGUGACCCGUCCAGGUGGAAGACCUGCUCCAUCAAAUGUGACCCGUCCAGAUGGAAAACCUGCUCCAUUAAAUGUGAGCAAACCAGGUGGAAAACCUGCUCCAUCAAAUGUGAGCAAACCAGGUGGAAAACCUGCUCCAUCAAAUGUGAGCCAUCCAGGUGAAAAACCUGCUCCAUCAAAUGUGAGCCAUCCAGAUGGAAAACCUGCUCAAUUUAAUGUGAGCAAACCAGGUGGAAAACCUGCUCCAUCAAAUGUGAGCAAACCAGGUGGAAAACCUGCUCCAUCAAAUGUGAGCAAACCAGGUGGAAAACCUGCUCCAUCAAAUGUGAGCCAUCCAGGUGAAACACCUGCUCCAUCAAAUGUCAGCCAUCCAUAUGGAAAACCUGCUCCAUUUAAUGUAAGCAAACCAGGUGUAAAACCUGCUCCAUCAAAUGUGAGCCAUCCAGGUGGAACACCUGCUCCAUCAAAUGUCAGCCAUCCAUAUGGAAAACCUGCUCCAUUUAAUGUAAGCAAACCAGGUGUAAAACCUGCUCCAUCAAAUGUGAGCCAUCCAGGUGGAACACCUGCUCCAUCAAAUGUCAGCCAUCCAUAUGGAAAACCUGCUCCAUUUAAUGUAAGCAAACCAGGUGUAAAACCUGCUCCAUCAAAUGUGAGCCAUCCGGAAGGAAAACCUGCUCCAUUAAAUGCGAGCCAUCCAGGUGGAAAACCAAGGGGAAGAAGAUCUUCUUCCCUAAUACAAGGAGGAGGAAAAGUCCCUCCUAGUAGCUCAGGUGUUUCACCUAAUGUGUUUCACCUGUUGGGAAUCUUCCAGCUGAACGAUCGCGUGGCCUGCGAUUCUGGAUCGAACCAGAGUCUGAACAUCUGCCGCAUGAGUUGCAGUGCUCUGACCGAUGAUGACAUCAAGGACGAUGUUGGCUGUCUGAAGACCCUGAUCACAAAAAUAAGCAAUUAG